UCAGGUGCAAUUUUUGUGUCUCUGCUUCUGAUGGCCGCAUUGUGUGGCAAGAAGUUUCAUGGAAUCAUGUCAAGGAGAAGAGGAUCUAAAGAAACACCAAACAUCGAGUCUUUCUUGCAAAAGCAUGAAGCUCAACAUCCGAAGAGAUAUUCUUAUUCAGAAGUGAAGACAAUGACCAAAUCUUUCAGCCACAAGCUAGGCCAAGGUGGCUUUGGUACUGUUUACAUGGGCAAGAUGCAAGAUGGCAAAGCAAUUGCAGUGAAGCUACUCAAGUCUUGCAAGGAUAAUGGGCAAGAAUUCAUGAAUGAGGUAGCAAGCAUCAGCAGAACCUCUCAUGUUAAUGUCGUCACCUUGUUGGGAUACUGUAUUCAGGGAUCAAAGAGGGCUUUAGUUUAUGAGUACAUGCCUAAUGGAUCACUAGAAAGAUUUGCUUUCAGACCAAACUCUGCAGCAAAAGAUUCACUUGGUUGGGACAAACUGUUUGAUAUUGCAGUUGGCAUUGCUCGGGGACUCGAAUAUCUCCAUCGAGGGUGCAAUACUCGUAUUGUGCAUUUUGACAUUAAACCUCACAACAUCCUACUAGACCAAGAAUUUUGUCCCAAGAUAUCAGACUUUGGAUUGGCAAAGUUGUGCAUGCAGAAAGAGAGUAUCAUCUCUAUUGAUGGUGCAAGAGGAACAAUAGGUUACAUUGCUCCUGAGGUAUUCUCAAAGCAAUUUGGAGAGGCAAGCAGCAAGUCUGACGUCUACAGUUAUGGGAUGGUGAUCCUUGAGAUGGUUGGAGCAAGAGAGAACAUAAAUGCCACCAGUGCAGAUGUCAGCAGCAAGUAUUUCCCUCAGUGGAUUUAUGAACAUAUGGAGGAGUACUGUGCCAGUUCUAGUGAAAUCAGACCUGACAACUCUGUUCUCGUAAGAAAGAUGAUAAUUGUCGGUCUGUGGUGCAUACAACUACUGCCUACCAAUCGGCCGUCGAUGACUAGAGUGGUUGAAAUGUUACAGAGCUCUGCAGAUGAUCUGCAGAUUCCACCACAAAGUUUCUUGAGCUAACAUCAUUUAACAGAAGAACAAGAUUAACCUGUACUGUGUAACUAACUGUGUGGCUCCAUGAUCUUGUAUGACUGAAAUUCAAAAGCACAAAAGUGCAAUGGGGACUUGAACAGAAA